GGUGGGUCGGAGCCGCUGUCCCUGGCCUCGCAUGUUCCCCUCUAAAUUCAUGUUUUGAAUUUGAUGCCCCUCUUGUAGAUUUGCUCCAUUUACACGCCUCUGAAGGGCCGCAGUCAAUAGUUUUUUUAAAAUUUCUCCUAGUAUUCGGCAUUUGGAGACUUUAACCCGAGCAUGGCUGUGGUGAGCGGAUCGUCUGGGCCGGUUGCCCGGCUCGAGGGCCGUGAAUUCGAAUACAUGAUGAAAAAGCGCUCGGUGACCGUCGGCCGGAACUCUUCUCAGGGCUCCGUGGACGUGAGCAUGGGCCACUCCAGCUUCAUCUCGCGGAGGCAUCUGGAGAUAUUCACCGCCAGCGACGACGGUGCCGGCAGCGGAGACUUCUACCUGAGGUGUCUCGGUAAAAACGGGGUGUUUGUAGACGGAGUGUUCCUCAGACGGGGCGCCCCUCCUCUGCAGCUACCACGAAUGUGCACUUUCAGGUUCCCCAGCACAAACAUCAAGAUCACAUUCACCGCUUUGUCCAGCGGGAAGAAAGUGAAGCGCGAAGCACCGGAGUCCCCAGUGAAACCAGUACAACCCCAGAUCUCCCCCCUGACCAUCAACAUUCCAGACAACAUCGCUCACCUAAUGAGCCCUCUGCCAUCGCCUACUGGCACCAUUAGUGCUGCUAACUCGUGCCCCUCCAGCCCGCGGGGCGCAGGCUCUUCAGGCUACAGGAUGGGAGGUCGAAUGGUCAGCUCCGCAGAGCUGCAGCUUAUAAAUGACAACUCCCAGCCUGAGAACGACAAAGAUGCCUCCGGAGGCGACAGUCCCAAGGACGACUCCAAACCUCCGUACUCCUAUGCACAGCUGAUAGUCCAGGCCAUAACGCUGGCUCCGGACAAGCAGCUCACACUAAACGGAAUCUACAAUCACAUCACAAAGAAUUACCCCUACUACAGAACCGCAGACAAGGGCUGGCAGAACUCGAUCCGUCACAACCUGUCGUUGAACCGUUACUUCAUCAAAGUGGCGCGGUCGCAGGAGGAGCCCGGCAAAGGUUCCUUCUGGAGGAUAGACCCGUCCUCGGAGGGGAAGCUCAUCGAGCAGGCCUUCAGGAAACGAAGGCCCCGGGGAGUCCCCUGCUUCAGGACCCCCCACGGACCCCUGUCCUCCAGGAGCGCCCCGGCCUCUCCCAACCACUCGGGGGUGCUCUCCGCUCACUCCAGCGGCGUUCAGACCCCUGACAGCCUAUCACGAGAGGGCUCCCCGGUUCCCCUGGAGCUGGAGAACUCGGCUCCAGCCCCAGUGUCCACCGCAGCGGUCCAGCCCAAACUGGCAGUCAUCCAGGAAGCACGCUUUGCACAAAACACACCAGGCUCGCCUGUUAACAACCAGCCGGUACUCAUAGCAGUCCAGCGUCAGUUACCUCAAACCAUAAAGCCAGUGACCUACACCAUGGCCUCCCCAGUGAGCACCAGCACCUCCCAGCCUGCUGUCCAGACUGUCCACGUCCUGCAGCAGAUCCCAGCAGGGUCCCUCAGCCCCGCCGCUGUCAUCACCCAGCCAGCCACCAUCAUCAAGAGUGAACCGCAGGAGAACGGAGAGCACACAGAGGUCAAAGUCAAAGUGGAGACGGUUCCCACCAUCACCUCUAUAGGUGGCUCCAGUCGCAUCAUCCAGACCUCCCAGUCAGCCACGCCCCUGCAGACUGUUACCAUAGUGCAGCAGGCCCCCAUCGGUCAGCACCAGCUGCCCAUCAAGGCCAUCACACAGAACGGCACCCACAGCAUCACCACUGCCAUCCAGGGAACCGUCAGCUCAGCUCCAGCUGUGGCGAGCCCCCUCCACCUGCUGGCGGCCCACGCCUCCGCCUCCGCCUCCCUCCCCACCAAACGGCAGAACGGGGACCAGCUGGCCAGCGAACAGCCGGACGCCAAGCGCAUCAAAUCAGAGACCGAGGCGGCGGCCGCGGCGGCCUCGACCCCAGCGGACUCGGACUCAUCGGCAGCUAACGACCAAGGCGGCCAACUCAACUAGUCCGUACAAACCACAUAACCACACAACACCCCACCACCUUCUCUUCUCUUCUCUUCUCUUCUCUUCUCUUCUCUUCUCUUCUCUUCUCUUCUCUUCUCUUCUCUUCUCUCUGUCUCUCUCUCUCUCUCUCUCUCUCUCUCGUCCCCGUCGUUUCUUUUUUUAUUUUUAUUUGUCUUCCUUCUACCACUGACUCCCGAGGUGCCAAACGGAGAGGAUUCUUUUCAUUUUUCAGUUUGGGUUAUCUGUUCUAGAGCAUCAAAAGAAGAAGAAACAAACACAAAAAGAGAUAAAGUCCACCCCUUUAAAGACUGGAAUGUGGAUCAAGAACAAAAUCAAGAUAAACUCCAAAUGAAAGGUGUCCCCUGUGAAGCCACUGAAAACAGGAGAGUGACUAAACCAAGACCACAGGAAGCCUUAACAACAAUUUAACCCUUACGAGCUGACCUUUGACCUCACGUGGUCCAGCGGAGGAGGGGGGAAGUAGAAACCCCGACUCAGCUCGGGCUGGACGCCACCCCUUUCUGUCGUAUCUACCUCAGAGCAGAUAGGAGACUCUGGCAGCCAGCGGCGGACAACAUCCUCCCAUCCAGGACCCGUCGGGGGCGGAGGAGGGAGGAGGAGGGGGGGGAGUGACCAACCGAGCGACGAGUAUGACGAACAUCCGAUGGUUCAAAAAAAACUUUAUUAAAAAAACAAACAAAAAAACAACGGUCAACGCAUUCAGAAAGGGAUCAACUCUCGGAGCCAAUAUUCCUGAAACUCUGGCAGCUAGCCUCUCACAAUACUGACCUUCCUUUACGCAGCUGUACGUAGAUAUGCAGUAUUUUGUUGUUCAAAUGUGGAGCAUAGGAUUUUUUUUUUUUUUAAUUUUAUGUAUUUUCACUUAUAUAGAUAAG